AUGAAUUUGUUUUGUUCUAUUUGCGGAAAGAGUUUUUCACAAAAAUCAAAUCUUACACGCCAUUUAAAACAACAUGCAGGCAUAAAGCCUUAUGUUUGCUCUUUCAAUUGUGGAAAAUCAUUUAGCACUGCAUCGAACUGCAAGAGACACGAAUUGCAACAUACAAAUGAAUUUCCAUUUGUUUGUCCGUAUGAAGGAUGUGAACGUCGCUUUAAAUCCCGAUCUGCGCUUAACUACCACACAAAGACACAUUCCGGACAAAAGGAGUAUGUGUGUACCUUCGGGGAUUGUAAAAUGAAAUUUCUGAGCCGUUCAAAUCUAAAGAAACACAUGCUGUCUCACUCGCAGCAAGCUGAUUUUCACUGUCCAUUUUGUGAACGAAAGUACAAGCGGAAAUGGGAUUUGUCUCGGCACAUAAAGAAGGCACAUCAAUCGCGAGGCGAAGAGGGAAAUAGGUAUGAAUUGCUUUGUUUGGGUUCGAUGCAGUGA